AUGCCUCGUAAUGUUCUCAUCACAGGCUGUUCUGAUGGUGGCCUUGGAGCUGCCCUUGCUGUUGCCUUCCACAAAAAUGGCGACCGUGUCAUCGCGACGGCCAGGAACACUACUAAAAUGGCGUCUCUCACGGCGAUCGGCAUUGAUACCCUUCAGCUUGACGUGCUUUCAGAAGAUUCGAUCAAAGCAGCAGUCCAGGCCACUUCCAAAAUGACGGACAACUCCCUCGACGUACUAGUCAAUAAUGCGGGACAAGGCUAUAGCACACCGCUAAUGGACGCCUCGAUACCUGCACUCUCGCAGCUGUUCGAAUUGAAUACUAUAUCUGUUGUCCGUGUUACGCAACUGUUCUUCCCUCUACUACGGAAUGCGAGGGACGGCGCCCUGCUGGUGAACAACACUUCAUGUGCAAGUGUCAUGCCCGUACCUCUUCAAGGGCCCUACAGCGGCACCAAGGCAGCCCUUGCAUCCUUUUCUGGUGUGCUCCGACAGGAGCUGCAACCCUUCAACAUCAAAGUCGUCGAUCUGAAGACCGGCAUGGUGAAGUCGAACUUUUUCGCCAAUGCAUCGUCGUCAGGGGACUCUGCAGAAGGAAUUUUGAGACUCCCCGAGGACUCGCUCUAUCUGCCUGGGAGAGAAAAGGUCGAGAAAUUCAUGCGGUCAGACAUCAACGUUCCUCAAAUGCCAGCGGAUGAGUGGGCCGCGAAAGUCGUUCAAGAUUUGUCCAAGAAAAGUCCUCCCGUGCAUGUAUGGCGCGGAGGAAAUGCAUUCCAAAUGUGGCUGUCGUCCUUCCUGCCGGUGGGGAUGCUCGACUCAACGCUCAAGAAGAUGACGGGAUUAGAUAUCGUGGAGCAGUCCUAUCGUAGUUCGAGGGCGGAGAAGACGAAAUAG